ACCAAAACGACUCAAAACGACUCAAAACUAGAGCUCGCUAGAAGUGGUCCCUUUUUGCAAGCAGUCAUGAAAAAACCGGUUGUUCGCGGACACGCUUAAAAACGGAAUCGAAAAGACCCUUCGGCAUCGUUUUUUCGCUCUUCGCUCUUUGCUCAACCAACGCGAGUGUCUUGUCGCUCUCCUUAUGCAUUCGAUCACUUGAGACACUUCGUUCAGCCGAAAGUGACUUUUGCGAAUGUAUGUGUGUGUGUGUGUGUUCUGCGCGCGUGCCUCAUUUGUUUGUUUUCGUUGAAGCGUGUGGAUCAAUUACGAUGAGCCGUCAGGGAAAUAAUAAAGUGCAAUUUUUUUUUUAAUUUGAUACAACUGACAAUAAAUCGUUGUGCAACUUGUGUGGUGCAAAAUUAUCUGGCAACCAUGUUACAAAUUUGCGGCGACAUUUAAAUACCAAACAUAAAGAAACAUUCCACUCGUACAAUGAAGAUAUCUCAAACACCGCUGAGCAACAAAAAGGAAAAAGAAAAUAGCCUACGAGGCAAGUGAAACGGGUAUAAUUGAAUGCUGGUAAAAAUGUUUACUUUUUACUUUUAGACAGCGAAGGGUUUCGUGAAAUUUUAAGCCCCAUAUAUAAUGCACUGAAAAUGCCUACAAUAACAUUGAGAAAUAUAAUGGAUCAUGUGCGAAUGAGGCAGAUAUCCAUAAGAGAAGAUAUAAAGGCUUCUGUUAAACGGAAGCUCGUAUCACUUAAAAUAGAUGUGCCAACCAGGAUGAAAAAAUCCAUCUUGGGUAUAAAUUUACAGAUAUUUAAAUCUACACUGUCAAAAACGGAGAUCGUCGUGAAAACGCUUGGGAUGAUCCAGCUGUUCGAGUCACAUACUGGACUUUAUUUAAAAAAUAAAAUUGUGGAGAUUGUUCAGGAGUAUGGUAUUGAACUUGAUCAGAUUUUUAGCAUUACAUCCGACAAUGGCAAAAACAUGGUUAAGGCCAUAGAGCUGAUAAAUGAUGAUGCCACAGAGAAAAGUAAAACCGAUGAUGACAAGGACGAAGAUUUUAUGGAAUUGCUGGAUUCCAUGGCAUUCCCAAACGUGCAACUUGUGAGAUGCGCAGCGCAUACACUACAAUUGUGCGUGUACGACGUAAGUAAACAAAGCGAGAUCAGCCAACAAAUUUCUACUUGCCGUCAAAUGUGCAAAGUUUUGCAGACCGGAAAAUAUAAGUACUGUGUGUUUCUGUGUUAUCAUACAUACAUAUAUGACAAUAAAUUUGACUUUAUGUAGACGUACCAGAGGCACAUUCCAACUCUUGAUGUCACCACAAGAUGGAACUCAACUUACUUGAUGUUAGAAAAACUAUUCGAGCUAAAGGAGUUUGUUUCUACGCAAACUAAUGUCGAUCUUGACAUUGACUGGAACUGGGUAGAGCUUUAUAUUGAAGCAUUUAAAGACACAUAUAAAGCAACACUGCAACAGGAGCAACUUGCUUACAGCGAUUUUUUUAUAUUGUGGAUGGAGCUUAAGCUUAAAUGUGAAAAAAGCCAAAACUACAUAACAAAAAAAUUAUUUGCACAACUCGAAAUUCGCGAGAGUAAGUUGCUUCAAAACGAAGCCUUGUUAUUAGCUAUAUACAUGGACCCACGAAUUAAUUUGAUUUUAUCCGACCAACAAAAAAUUAUAGCUAAACAAAAUUUAAAAAAACUUGCGUUACGCAUUUUCAAUUUGAAUCAAGUAAGAUACUAUAAAUGUGGUAAGAACGUAGAUGUCUCGUCUUCUAGAUAGAUAUGUGUGUAGUUAUUUGUUUUUAACUAAUAAAAUCGUCUUUGUCUAAUACUAAUUAAUGCACUAAGUGCUAAUAAUGUAUUCAUAAUAACGUUUUUAUUUAUAUUUUUAUUAAGUCAAGUGUCACG